CUCCCUCUUCAGGGGUGGGUGUGGGGUCGCCGCGGGGCGGGAGUGUGGAGUUUGGCUCCCCGUCAAUCAGAUGGUAGCGGAGGAGCAGCGGAGGUGCAGAGGCAGCGUGGUUACUUAUCAGGGAGCGUCUGACGGGACAUGGAGGCACGAGGGAAGAGUUAACAUGAACAAUACCUAUAAAGUGCAGUAAUCUGAAUCACUCCAGAAUUACCUACAAUCAGCAGGACACCAGUAACACACAUGUCAUCUCACGCCUCUGGACGGCCGAGAGACUGCUGGCCCAUAACUGUCUGAGUGCUGCUUACGCGGGGGGGGGGGGACAUUGUCCCCGCUGGUCAACAAACGGACAGGCAUACAGUGCUACCUCGGGUGGGCAAGGUCCCUCCUGACUAACACAAGCAAUGGGGUUGGCAUUCCAGCUGUCCCCACCCAUGAUAAUAAUGAUUGCGGUGACAGUUCUGAGUGGCAUGGCCGACAGGGGCCGGGACUCACUGGUGACAGUGAACCGGGGUUUGAAGGUGAAGCGCGGCCAGACAGCUUACCUGGAGGAGGAAGACCUGCGUUUCAGUGCCCCCCAAGACAGGGACGCCUGCAAGGUGGAGGUGGUCCUCAACGAGCCCAUUACACAGCGAGUGGGUGUGCUCACACCUCAGGUCUUUGACUGCUACUUUCACGCGGACGAGGUGAAAUAUGUCCAUAACGGCUGUCCCAUCCUAAAAGAAGACAAAGUGAUGCUUCGGCUGUUCAGGUUCACAGAGACAGAGACCUACACUGAGGUGUUCUUUCUGCGUGUUGAGGUCCUGGAACCCGAUUGCAGCAUCAUCCACCUUGGCCCUAAGUCUCUGGAGGUACCUGAGUUCUACAGCCUAUCGGACAAGCUGGAUGGCAAUGCGGUGUCUUUCCACUACGAGCGGCGAUCCAACCUGGAGUGUACUGUGCAAGUAGCCACGCAAGAAGCACACCUUCCUGCCCAUGGCCAGCUGGUCACUGGCGAACCUGAGGAAGUUGUGCCUCGUGGAGAUGAACCACAGAGCUUUCUGCCCUCAGAGCAACAGCUGAUUAACAAGGCCAGAGCAAUGUGCAAGGAGUCUGCAUGCCUCAAUGGAAUGAAACUGGUACAGUUCAUCAAGGUGCCUUGUGAGGAAUUCCUGGUGAUGGGGCUGAAAUACCAGCACACAGAUCCACCAUCUCCAGAUAUUGAUUACAUCGCCAUACGACUGGAUCUCAGAGAUACAAGGAGUAGGAGCAUAUACAAGUCUGAGCGUGCCUGGAUUCCGGUACGGAUCAAGAAUGGCAUCCCAAACCAACCUCCUAAGCCGGCCUUCAUGCCCACGUUCAUCCUGGAGGUGGACCAAUUCAUCCUCACCCCCUUUAGCACUGCUGCUGUGGAUGCUGAAGAUGCAGAGUCCCCCAGGUCCCUACUAGUCUUCAAUAUCACCAAGCCACCCCAAGAAGGCUUCAUCACCCACCUGUCUGACCAUACCAAACCCAUCAUCUCCUUCACCUGGGCAGACCUCCAUGACAUGCUCAUCGCUUACCAGCCUCCCAAUUCCAGCCACACCCAACGUCGUAACUACGAGGUGGAGUUUGACGUCCACGACUACUUUUUUGCCAAAAGCGCCCCUUUCAUGGUUCAUGUGUCUGUCAGGACAGCUGACACCAACGCGCCCCGUGUGUCGUGGAACAUGGGCUUGAGUCUGCUGGAAGGCCAGUCCCGUCCAAUCACAUGGGAGCAGCUGCAGAUCGUAGACAAUGACAACCUGAAGUUGGUACGCAUCAUCACUGUGGAUGGGCUACAACACGGAAGACUUACCGUUAGAGGUGGUAAGGGCUUCAUGUUCACCGUGAGUGACAUUCAGGCAGGCGUGGUACGCUAUCACCACGAUGACAGCGACACCACCAAAGACUUCGUGGUCUUCCGAAUCACCGAUGGCCACCACCAGACACGGCAUAAGUUCCCCAUCAACAUCCUGCCAAAGGAUGACAGCCCGCCCUUCCUCAUCACCAACAUGGUGCUGGAACUUGCAGAAGGCCAGAUCGCCCUACUGCAAGGGUCUGUGCUGCAAGCCUCUGAUAUGGACUCCAGCGACGACUACAUCCUAUUCAAUGUCACCCGCCCACCGCAGGCAGGAGUGCUCAUGAAGAUACCAGGCCCCAGAGAGACAGGUUACCCUGUCAGCCAUUUCCUCCAGAGAGACCUUUUCCACUCUGUAAUAUACUACCGCCACCUGGGGAAUGAGAUCUUUGAUGACUCCUUUGAGGUAGUGCUCUCAGAUUUCCACGAUCCUCCGAAUCUCUCAGAACAUCAGGUUAUUGUGGUGCAUAUUACUCCGGUGCAUGACCAACUUCCAAAGGAGGUACCUGGGGUGACACGACACAUAGUUGUCAAAGAGAUGGAGGUAGUCCACAUAACUAAGAAGCAACUCCAUUUCGUUGACCCAGAGUCACCCGACAGUGAGUUGACAUACACCAUCACCACGCCACCCUUCUUCAGCUCCAUUCAUGGGAGAGGAGAUGCCGGGAGGUUGUUCCUAGUGGACAGCAUCCCCAAAUUUACCAAAGACCCCAGUGCACCAGUUUUACGACUUUUCACACAACAUGCAGUCAACUACAUGAAGGUGGCCUAUAUGCCCCCCCUUCAGGAGAUCGGGAUCCACCCCCAGCCAAUCCAGUUUGUGCUUUCCGUGACCAAUCAGCAGGGCAGCACACUCAUCGGUAUCUGUUUUAACGUUACCGUGCUGCCUGUGGACAACCAGCCACCUCAGGUCCACAUGAACCCGCUGACGGUGGAGGAGGGCGGGGAAUGCCCAAUGGACUCGGACCACCUGUGGCUGACUGAUCCGGACACGGCGGAGGAAGCAUUGAGAGUGGAGCUGAGGGCAGGGCCCCAGCAUGGACGACUCCACCUGGACGGGUUCCCCGUGGAUCCAGGGCAGGCGUUCGCCUUGAGCGACCUGACCAGCCUAAAAGUUAGGUACCAUCAUGAUGGCUCUGAGACAGUCCAGGACAGCAUUUAUUUAACAGCUUCUGAUGGCAUCAAUGUUGCCGAAUUUGUAUUGCAGGUGGAGGUGGCGCUGGUCAAUGACGAGGUUCCGGUCCUUGCACCGGGCUUGAGGCUUGUGUUGGACUGUGCAGAGGGACAGGAAGUGGUUAUCACCACAGAGUACCUGUAUGCCACAGACAGAGACACCAAUGACAGCAGACUGUCCUACAUGAUCGCCCGCCAACCGUAUCAUGGGGUUGUGCGUAAAAACGGCGUGGUGGUUGACAGGUUCAUCCAGGCAGACUUAAUCUCUGGGUUCAUCACCUACAAGCACACAGGAGCGGAGAUUGGAUUUACUCCACGCUAUGACAUCAUCACAUUCGUCAUCUCAGAUGAAGAGGCAGAGAACUUCCCAGCAUGCACCUCUGAUGGGCAGCCUUCUCCCCUGAGCCCUGCUGCUCGGCUCCAGAAGGCCCUGCCUAUCUAUGACAUGAACGUCACUGUGUUUCCUGUGGACAACCAAGCCCCCUCUCUCAUUACUGGUGAGGUGUUUGUGGUGGACGAGGGAGCCUCUGCAUCUAUCACGGUGGCCCACCUAAGGGUAUCUGACGUAGACACCCCGCUGGAAGAGCUGGAGUUCAUUUUGGUCUCUCCUCCGCAGUUUGGCUAUAUUGAGAAUAUCUUGCCCAGCCCUGGGUUUGAAAAAAGUAAUAUGGGAAUCAGCAUCGCCACCUUCACCUAUGGUGAUGUGAAAAAUGGCCAUGUUAACUACGUGCAGUCCAGACACCAGAGGACAGAGCCAACAGCAGAUCAGUUCAUGGUUCGUGUGUCGGAUGGGAUACGCCAAUCCUCUGACACCCCAUUCUACAUCAUCAUCAGACCCACCAAUGAUGAGGUCCCGGACUUCCUCACCAGGAACAUCACGGUAGGUGAGGGCCACUCGAAAGGUUUGGACCCAACCAUCCUCGAUGCAGUAGACUUGGAUGUCCCGCGGGACCGCCUGUCCUUCAGCAUCAUUGAACAGCCCCUGCAUGGGGCCCUCACGGCUAACACAGGGACCGCGAUGCAUGACUUCACCAUGGAUGAGCUACGGAAUGGGAUGACGAUCACAUACGCGCAUGAUGACUCUGAAACCACAGUCGACGGUUUUACCAUUCAGUUGACCGAUGGGAAGCACCAGCUCAGGAAGCGUGUGGAGGUGACGGUCUUGCCCAUCAACGAUGAGCUUCCCCACAUUAUACGGAACACUGGCAUAGAGGUAGAUAUGGGAGAGUCCAGGCUGAUUUCCGGCGUGGUCCUCGCUGCGUGGGACGAUGACACACCUGCCCGGGAUGUCCUGUAUGUGUUUGAGAGCCUGCCCACAGAAGGCCUGCUGCAGAUGAAGAUGGGCCUGCACUGGGUAUCGCUCAGUGCCGGGGAGAAUUGCUCCCAGGAGGACCUGGACAGCAACCUGCUGAGAUACCUCCACACUGGGUCCACUGGGCUCCAGAGAGAGGAUGCGUUCAUCUUCCAUCUGCAGGAUGGGGCGAACCGCUCGCCUGUGCAGCACUUCCGCAUCUCGGUGAAGACGAUGGAGAAAGGAGACAUCGCCGUGUUUGUCAAGCCCGUUCAGGCCCGACGGGGCGAGCGUGUGGUGCUGACCACCGAAGUCCUCCUGGCCCUGGAUGGCACAGACCGUCCAGAGGAGCUCCUCUAUGUGGUGACCACUCCGCCCGACCAUGGUCAUGUGGAGUACAUCCACCACCCAGGCAUGGCUAUCACCUCCUUCAGCCAGAUGGACGUGGCCGCCAACCUGGUGUGCUAUAUCCACGAUAACAGCGCUGUAUCACCCCAGGAGACGCUGCGGUUUGUGGUCAGCAAUGGGCAAUCCACCCGCGGAGGUGUUCUGGACAUCGCUAUUGACACAGUGGACCGGGAGCUGCCCUCAAUCCUCCAUAACAGUGGCCUGCAGGUGCCACAAGGCACCACCAUGGUGCUGUCCCCUGACGUCCUGAGCCUGUCUGACCCCGAUACCCCCCCAUCUAGACUCUUCUUUGUGCUGGUGCAGCCACCUCAGUAUGGGCAGCUGCUCCUGCGGGGGGCUCCAUUUCUCGAGGGCAACUUCACUCAACAGAACCUGCUGGACCUUCAGCUGGCCUAUAGGCAUGGCGGGGGCCCUGCCCAGAUCGACCGCUUCAGCUUCACUGCCCUUGAUAGCAGCCACCGUGGUUUCCUGAUGGGGGGGAAGCUCCAGACUGAGCCUGUCUUCUUCACCAUCCAGGUGGAGCCCCUGGGCAUUCCAGCCCCACGGCUGGUGCAUUUAAAGGUGGCUUGGAGGGCGGAAGUGCUGAAGGAUGGCCGUUACGGUAUCUUUGUGUCGUCGCGAGAGCUGAAAGCGCAGGGCACCGACUGCCACAGCGAGCAGCUUGUCUUCCAGGUGCUUCGACCGCCUCAUUUUGGUUACCUGGAGAACGUUACUUCAGGCCAGUUUAUCCGCCAGCGUUUCACCCAGAGGGACCUGAAUAGGAGGAACAUCCUGUAUGUCAUCAACCCCGCAAGCAGCGCCUUGUCGGACAGCCUGGAGUUUAAGGUGUCAGAUCCCCUGGGGAAUGCCAACCCAACCCACACGUUCGAGUUCCGCUGGGCAAGUUUGGAGCUCUCCCAAGCUGAGUACAGGGUAUGUGAGGAGGAGGACCUGCUGCUGCUUACCGUGCUCAGGAGUGGCAAUACUGCUGAGUCGUCCUAUGUGACUAUCAAGGUCAAAGAGAUCACAGCCUCCAGAGGGAAGGAUUUCACCCUAAGUCCAUCAAGUUUACUUCAGUUUGAUCCUGGUGUGACCAGCAGGACCUGGCGUUUGGAGAUCACUCAGGACCAGCUGGAGGAAGAGGACGAGACGUUUGAGGUGUCUUUGGCUUCACCAGAGGGCGCUGUCCUCGGCUGCAACACCAGUGCACUUGUGACGAUCAUCGAUUCCGGGAUAGGCCAGUGUAGGUACAGCCAGCCUUCACCAGGCACCAAAUCUAGCUCACGGCUAACCCCUCCGCGCCAUGGGGCCAUCCAGCUGGAGACCCUGCCCAUCGUCUGGACACAUGGAGACAUGCAGUAUAAGUCAUCUGGCAAGAGACUGAGGCCUGUGGACAAUGGAAAAACAGUUCGGCCCGUUUCAUCGCACAAGAAUGGAUCUGACACCGUUUUCACAUACCAUGGGAUCAUGUCAUUGCGAGUGGAGGACCACUCUUCUCCCUCCCAAGUGGGGAGGAAUGCCAAGGUGAUGGUAGCCAGCAGGGGGCAGCAGACAGCCAUCCCCGAUUCCUUGGAAAGAAGCAAGGCCCUGACUUCAGAUAGUAAAGCCACUAAACUCAAAUCGGAUGUCCCACAGUACCACUCUCCCAGAACCUGCACCAUGGAGCUGACAGGGCUCCUGCACUUCAACCAGAGCUCCAAUGCACUGUGGCGCUGUGACGGCGCCGCCUGGAGACCCUGGACUCCCUCGCACCAGGCCAUCGAUGCUCAGAAGUGUCCCCAGGGGUGGACGUACCACAGCGCUCGCUGCUAUAUCCUGAGCAAAGGCCCCAGGCUGACCUGGGCUUUGGCUGCCAGAACCUGCAAGGAGGCCUACAAUGGGAGUCUCGUCAGUGUGCUGUCAGAGCAGGAUAUGGACUGGCUGUGGGAUUUCAGUGGAAGAAAGCCAUUCUGGAUUGGACUGAACGAUCGUGAGAACAGGGAACACUGGGAGUGGGUUGGCGGGGAACCAGUCACCUACACCAACUGGAAGAGGAACCCUCUCCGCACAAAGAGGAAAGGCAAUGUGAGGCGCUGUGCUCUGGUCCUCCGGAGAGCCAGAUGGCACACUCGGGACUGCAGCAAGGGCAAGGGUCACCACUAUGUGUGCUACACCCAAACGUGAGUCCCCCGCAGAGGGACGCUGCAGGUCUCCACCUGCAUUAUUCACAACCAAAGCUGAGGCGGACACUGACCUCCAGAGGUGCUGCUUUCCCCACGAUGUCUGUCAUCAGUGCUAAAAGGGGUGUGGUCAACAAGACCAAAAUAACAAACAUUGCCAAAAUUGAAUCUUAUGUAUAUCCGAUAACUUUUUAUAUUUAAUUUCUUGUCAGUAUUCCCGAUAUUCUAUUUCAUAUGGGAAACAGCUAUUCUGUGUUUGUCUAGAUAACUUUGUAACAUGAAUUUAACUUUUAAGAGCCUUUCAAGAGUGGAAGACUGCUGUUCAUUGGUAGCACUGAUGUUGUGUAUAUGGUAAGUUGUUCCCUGUGCAGUUUGAGCCAUACAUUAUAGCCACAAGCACAAUACAUCCAUACCAUCAGAGCUUACCUCCAAGUGGCUGCCGUUACCCCAUUCAGCACCUCACCAGGAACAUUAGUCUCAAAAGCAGACAUGUCAUCAGGACAAGACCAAGAGACACCUUGUGAGAAAUAAGCUUCCUGAAUUUUGAAGUGGUUUGGUCAAGUUUGUUGCAACCUGACCACGUGCUCCCCUGAUGAGGAAAUUGCUAAAAAUCACAUCUUGUGCAGCUUACAAAUGUGUCUUACCAAUUGCGUAUGACACAAUAUAAAUUGAACAGGCAAGACUGUAGUGUAUAAUAGUGUCAAGUAUAAUCCAUUUACAGCUAAACACCCCAAAACAAAAGUUAACUAUUGAAAAGUUGCAUAUAUUUCUUUGUGACAAUAAGUAAAACCCAACCUUAUUCUUUAUGCGGCAUCAAAUCACAAACACUUAGAUCAAUGAUAAUUAAUCACUGCUUCUAGCACAUUGAUUGAUUAGUGAUUAUUAAAUCUUUGGGUUAGUAGAAAGGCACAUGUACAGAAGUCUUUGGUCCAAAAAAGGUUUAUUGUGGAAUUGAGCAAACAGCAACAUAUCUGGUCCACAAGUUGAGGGUGGGAGGUAUGAAAAACCAAUUCCUGGACAAGCUGAUGUGAAAAUCUGCCCCCAAGUGAAAUUUAUUCAGAUGAAAACCCAUCUGGCUAUUUCAACAUAAUCUAGAUUUUACAGGUACAGAUAUGACAUUUUAAUGUGUAGCGGUGUUUUAAAGUAUAAUGUAUGGUGUACUUAGAUUUAUUUUACACAAUUAAUGAAAUAAAGGGGGAAAAUCCAUUUGUUAUA